AAUUGUUUUAAGCUAUUAUGUCAGUUUGUGAAAUUCUAUGUACAUAUAUACAUAAUAGUAGUUUUCUCUUGGAGUCACAAAAUAAAAUAACCGCCUUAAACCGCUUAUUUCCGUGCUUAUUAUUUCUUGGUUUUCAUUCUCUCUAUAGUAAUUGAAUACCCCACAUACAUACUAUUCCUUGGCCUAGGUUUCAGCCGCCUGCAUAAGAAGGAACACGUUUCGCUGUCUGUAUAGACUAUAGACCUUUUCUUCAUUCCACUACAACUACCCUUUUGGUCUAUUAUUGACAGGAAAAAAAUGCCUGGGAAAUCUUCGAGGGAAAGGGCUGCGGUUGUCAGUCCCACCCCGAGUCUUAGACACAUUUCCCAAACCAGAGUUAAUCAUAUCGGAAAUUCUCCAAGUUCACAAGCGUCCGGAAUGUCUCCAUCUCCUUCUGGAGAUUAUAGUGAUUACAUGACAAUGCAAGAAGGAGAACCUAGCGUAAAUAUGGAACUCCCACUGUCCCACUCAAACGACCAGGCAGACGUAGAGUCCAUUAUUUACAAACUGUCUCGUAAUAUAUAUCAAGGUCGUCCACAUCGGCCAUCUCAUUUAUCACAUCAAAUUAGCUUUGGGAGUGUUGGAGAACAACUGAGAUUAUUACCACCAUCUAAAACCAAUUCUUUUCCCAAUAAAUUCCCCGGUUUAAUGAACAUAACUUCAAAUGAAACUACAGAAUAUAGAAACUCAUCUAAUUCAUAUGAAGAAUGUACCGAUACUUUGGAUUAUUCAACGUUACUUCCAUACUAUCUUCCAUGUCUUUCAUGGAUUCCACACUAUUGUGUCGAAUUCUUUCUAGGAGAUCUUUUGGGCGGUCUAUCACUUGUAUUCUUCCAACUCCCACUCUCGCUUUCAUAUGCCCUGUCAUUAGCUCAUGUACCGGUUCUUUGUGGAUUAUAUUCAUUGGCUAUUUCUCCUCUUAUUUAUAUGAUUUUUGGAAGUGUACCUCAAAUGAUCGUUGGCCCCGAGGCUGCCAUCUCAUUGAUUGUUGGACAAGCAGUUGAACCACUCCUUCAUCAUGCGACGAAAAAGCAUCCAGUAGACCCCACAGAAGUGGUGGUGGUGAUCACAUUCAUUUCAGGAGCUUCGUUAUUGGGGUUUGGCUUGGGUAGAUUUGGGUUCUUGGAUAAUGUUCUUUCUGCAUCACUUUUGAAAGGUUUCAUCAGUGGGGUGGGUAUUGUCAUGAUUAUCAAUGCUCUUAUUGUCAUGUUUGGACUUUCAGGUCUUUUAGAUGAAGUUUCAAGUGAUCCUUCUGUUCCAGAUAUUCAUUCUCCAUUUGAUAAAUUUAGAUUUCUUUUAGGGAACUUUAAAGAAUUACAUCCACUUACUUUCCAAAUAUCGCUUGUUGGAUUCAUUACAGUGUUACUGAUUCGUAUAUUCAAGAAAUGGUAUGCUAAAAGAUGUAAAAGAAAAAUUAAUUUGGUUGUUUACAUUCCAGAAAUUUUACUUGUGGUGAUUUGUUCCACUUGGUGUGUGUCUUAUUUCAGAUUAGAUAAACAAGGUAUUUCAAUCAUUGGAGAUGUUGCUAAUGAUUCUAAGGCUAAAAUCUUACACAAUCCACUUGCGUUUAGACUUUGGCCAUUAUUCAAACAAGUUACUACUUCUGGAUUUCUUUGUGCUAUGUUGGGAUUCUUUGAAUCAACUACUGCUCUGAAAUCUUUAGGUUCCACUUAUGAUUUACCCAUUUCAUCUAAUCGGGAAUUAGUAGCAUUAGGGUUCAUUAACAUUGUUGCUGCUAUGUUUGGGGCGUUACCAGCGUUUGGUGGAUAUGGACGUAGUAAAAUUAAUGCCAUAUCCGCUCGUACCACCAUGCUGGGGGCAAUAAUGGGUCUUUGCACCUUUUUCACCAUUACAUGUCUUAUGGAUUAUCUUCAUUUCAUUCCUAAAUGCACUUUAAAUGUGGUGACAUGUGUCAUUGGUAUCCUGUUAAUUGAAGAAGCUCCUGGUGAAUUAUGGUUCCAUUGGAGAAGUCGUGGUUAUAAUGAACUUAUAACAUUUGGUGUAACGGUUACAACAACUCUUUUCUUUUCCAUGGAAAGUGGGAUUGCAGUUGGAUUAAUUUAUCUGUUGAUACGAGUGAUUAAACAUUCAGCAGCUUCAAGAAUUCAAAUUCUUGGAAGAAUUCCUGGUACAAAUACAUUUUUGAAUGCAGAUUCAAAUAUUGAUCAAGAUGGAAAAAUUAAAGAAUUUGAAAGACAAUUAGAAGCUGAAGUAAAUGAUGAACUAAGAAAAUCACAUAUUAAUAAGUCUAAGUCACAAUUAAAUUUCUUUACUGACAAUCAUUUCACUCAAUUGAAUUAUCAAGCAUUAGAAGAGAUUGAAGGAUGUCUUAUUGUUAAAAUCCCUGAACCUUUGACUUUUACCAACACAAAUGAUCUUAAAAGUAGACUUAAAAGAGUCGAAAUGUAUGGAUCUACCAAGGUUCAUCCUGGUAGUAAACGUACAAGAGAUGCUGCAAUGACAAAAUACAUUAUAUUUGAUCUUAAUGGAAUGACAGAAAUUGAUUCAUCAGCUGUUCAAAUUUUGAGAGAAAUCUUGACAAAUUAUGAAGAUCGGAAAAUAUAUUGCUUCUUCAUUCGGGUUAAUAAGGAUAAAUACUUGAGAGAUCGAUUCGAUAGAACUGGGAUUACUGAACUUUUAAUGCGUGAUUUAAGAGAUAUGUCAUAUUUUGAAGUUCAAAAUAUGCAGAGUAUACUGAAUGAUACAAGUGGUAAGAUAGAUGCAUUAGACAUUUAUAAUCUUACUGAAAGUCUUCAAUUACCUUAUUUUGAACACAUUAGUGAUGCACUCAAGGUCAUUGAUUAUUUUGAGACUAAUAAUGGAGAGAGAUUAGACGAGGUUUAAUAGAUAUAGAAUAAAGACCAUCAAAGUGAAUAUCAAUCUGAAUAUGACUGU